AUGUUUUAUGCUUUCACAUCAAUCCUUGCAUUAAUAUCCUGUGUUUUGCAAGGUAUAUUUUAUAAUGAUGUAAGCAAAACCUAAAAUAGCAAUUUCAAUUAAAUUGUUAGUAUGUGGCAGCUUGAUCCAAUUAACUAGAUUGCUCUUAUUAAACCUGGAUAAUCAUGCCCUGCUGGGUUAAGUGUUUAUGAUUCAUCAUUGAUUAUUCCAUAAAGCUCAAAUCUUUGCUCUUGCGAAACAGCUAGUACUCAAUUUUCGAUAUACUUAGAUUAGUAACUUUUUAUUUGUGGAUAAUGUUCCAAAGAUACUAUUGAGGUGAAGCGAUUUUAAGGCAUACCUUAACAAAAUUUAACUGAUCAGUUUUAUAUCCAAGAUUAUUAGGGAAACAUAUAAAGAUAUCGAGUUUGUAUAAAUAGAAUAUAAGGCUACUCUUUUGUUAAGAAAGCUCCGUCUUCUACAAGCUGUGAGAAUAACGAAUAGCUAUGUAGUUGGCCCAGCUCUUCUAAUCCUGAUUAUAGUUAUUGUAUUCCUUUAUAAUAUACUUGCUAUUCGGAAGGUGUUAAUAUUCCAAAUUAAAAUUUCUACUUACAGUUGCCUUUGAUUGAUAUUAAAAAUAAUAGUUAUAGUUUCUAAAUUCUAAAUUUUUAACCUGCAGGAUAGUUCACAUAAUAGCAAAUAUAUGAUUAAAAUUAAAUUAUUUAUAACCAACAGUUUGUUCCUUUUUUUAGCUAAACCCCUAUUUUAAAUCAAAUUUUAGUCACAUAUCCUUCUGUUAAAAUGAGCUGUAGAGAUUCAUUUAAAGCUUCUUUUUCAAGCUAUAGUGGAUAGAGUUAUGGUUUAAAUAUAGCUACUGGUUUAGUAGUAGUCACUACUAUAGCAGCAAUGAUGGGAAUAGUUCUUUUAAUUUUCGAUAUCAUAGACUUUUAUUAAAUAGUCAUCAAAAAAAAGGAACCUAAAAUAAAUUAUUGGGUAAGAAAGAGGUUUUCCUUAAAAAAUACCUCAAAAUGGAAUACAUUUAUCAUAGUAAAACCUUUAGUUAUUUUAAUAUCUUUUAUACUCUAUAUUCUUAUAUGCGAAAACUAUUUAGUAGCUUCUUUAGAAAUGAAAAAGCUUAUAAAUGAAUCAUGUGUUGAUUUAAGCUUUAAGUAUAUUUUUAAUUACUUUAGUGAUUAUUCCUAAUCAGAUCUACCUCGCGAGUCUCUUGUGUAUGCAGCUUUGGUUUUAUUAAUUUUUGUUUUUUUUAGUGACCAAAUUGUAAUAUAAACUUUUAAUUACUUAGCUCAUGAAUUAGGAAUAGUAAAAUUGAUGAAUAAAAUUAUGUAAAAAAAUGAUAAGUAAUAAGUAUAAGUUUAAUAAAUUCCUAUUGAAAAAAAUUAAGAACUUUAAAAUAAUUAGGAGGAAGUAAUUAAUGAAGAAAAUAAUAUCAACUAGCAAUCAUAAUAAAUUAAUGGAGAUAUUUAAUAUAAAUUAGAUAACCCACAAAAUGAACAAAUAACUCCUCAAAAUACUGACCAUGACCAUGUAAUUACGAUUGAAAAUAUAGAAAAAGAUAAUGAAAAUAAAUAACCUGAAUCUUUAUCUUAAUCUUAUGGGCUUUAAGUAGUUCCAUCUAAUCUAUCUUAAAAAAAGCGUAGUUCAAUUUAAGAAGUCAAGCUAAGCCAGUUUGGAAGAUAGCAAAAAUCUAAAAUAAUCAAAGAAAAUGAUCAACUGUAAUAUACAUAAUAAUUAAUCUCAAGUUAAUAAUAGAUCAACCCUUAACAACAAAAUAAUUAAGUCUCUUGA